AUGCCCCCGCCCCUGACCCCCGACGACUCCAGGCGGCUGGUCCGGCUCGUCAACGUGUCCAGCGUCAACCUGUUCAAUCGGUGGUACUACGCCCCCGUCACCGGCGCCCCCGACGACGCCGCCGCCACCAGCGACGACGGCGGCGAUCCCAGCCAGUUCUUGGAGACCUUCGACGACAACUACCACCCUUACCACGACCUGAUCCUCCUCCUGCUGGGGCGGGCCCACGCGGUGCCCCUCCAGCGGCAAAACGCUAUCCGCCGCACCCACGACCGCCUCCAGGACCGCAUCCGCCAGAUGGACCAGUGGAUGCGAGAUAUCGACCAGUUCUCCAUCUACCAGCCGCGCGGGGAGCUGCGCCCCGUGCCCACACCGCCGGUGGCAAGAACUCUGUGCUCAAAGGAGGCGCUGGUCGCCACCCAAGAGGUAGCGUCGCUGCUUGCUGCCGAACUCGAGCGCAUCAUCGGCGCCAUCGAGCUGUUCCCUCACUACCAAGGGAUCCUGCCAUUAUUCGAUUUAUCUCGUAUCAACGAACCCCGGUGCCGCCCGGUGCACGCGCCGGCAGACGAUAACCUCUUUGCCAACCUCGAGGACCUGCUUGAUGAUUUCUUAUGGCAACGGCGGCUUGGAGUAGCCUGGAGCGACCCCAUACCUCCCCGGAAACGCUCACGUCACCGCGGUGCAGCGCCCCCACCGCCGCCACGCAAACGGACCAAGAUCGCCAUCAUGCGACAGAGCGACGCCAACACCCCCAUGCCUAUGGACACUGACGACAACAUCGACGAAGACGCCACCGACCCGCCAAACCGUACCUACGCUCUGCUAUCUCAGGAGGAGAAAGACGCCAUUCUCAGCGUCCAGCCGUGUGCGUUUUUCCAGGCGGCGCUGGUGUUUACGUUGUAUAACACUCCGACGCUGACUCCCUUUUCCAUGGUGCUCACUCACGUCAAUUUUGAGCGGGCAGUUAUCGACGGAUUUUUUCGAUUUGACCGAGCCCAAUUUGUUGGCCAGAUUCAGCUGUUUCAACGGUUUCUCUGUGGCCCGUGUCAGAUCCCUAAAUGUAUGGCUCGUCUGCUUACAGUGACACGCAAAUUGGCAGUGAUAUCUCGACUUCUAGUGCACCCAAAAGUGAAACAAGCCAUGGACCGCUACGGCAGCCAGCUCCAAAUCCCCGUCCUGGGCCGCAUCGUCGACUUUAAGCACCACGACCUCCGCUUCUUGCCGACACCGGCACGCGACUCCCGCCUGCGGUACAAGACGUUCCACCUGGCUCGUAUCAAAAGCAAUAUGGUGAAAAUGCAGAUGCUCGAAUGGAUGCACGUGGAACCGUUUGGCCAGUUUAAAGAGCUGUAUUUCUUGACCACUAUAGCCGAAACCAGCCACGCCCUUAACCACUUUGCCACGGACCACGAGGCUCAUGACGUUGUAAGACGAGCUGAGGGUUUACGCGGUAGUAUUAAUGAACUAGCUAGCUCGUUGGGUUUCUGUCGUGACGUGGAUUUGGAAGGGACGCCAUUAGCACGGAAAACCAUGACUAACAGCUACCACAUUGAGUUCUUCAAACAGUGGAACCGGGGGCUCGCCGAAGUGCUUUGUGACCAGCUCACCACCACCAGCACCCUGACCACGCUCAUUAACUUGAACCUCAACUACAUCUUGUUCACGCUUGACGUCGACAUCUCCACCUACUGCGACCGAGUGUUGGACGCUGCCGUCACUGCAGGUGCUUUAGCUGGUUGCGAGGACCUCAUUGAGUGCUACCGUGACGUCUACCGUCAGAUCGUCGCUGACGAGGGCCACUUCGAUGCCACUGGGGGCCGGUACCCGUCGUUUGGUCUUCGCUACCACGCACGCCAGCCCGUCACCCAUGCCGUGCUUCUCUGCCUGUUGAACCGUAAGACCGGCGAAGUCCAAUUCCAUAAUACCCUUCCGUUCACUGCUAGUCGGCCCAACCAUACCGAGGUGGGGCUCUCAUUCACGCGGCUGUGGACGGCUCUGGGACGUGACCGGUUAUUCUCCCCAAGCGACGACGAAGUCGAUGACUUCAGUAACGUGCCCGAUGUGGCUAACGAUGAAGAAACCGGCGGCGACGUGCUUAUCGGCGUGGCCAAGGGUAAAGGUGGCGGCGGAUGUGUGAGUCUGUGUGAGCUACUUUGA